CUGUGCAGUCUGCACUCACUACCAGCACUGGUCUCUGCUGAGACUCUGCCCACUCCUGGCAAAUCCUGCAGGACUCGAGUGUCAGCCAGACAACAGCAUGGCUGCAAAAUGCACAAAGUGUGGUCCAGGUUACCCCACCCCUCUGGAGGCCAUGAAAGGACCCCGAGAGGAGAUUGUCUACUUGCCCUGCAUUUACCGAAACACGGGCAUCGAAGCCCCGGAUUAUUUGGCCACUGUGGAUGUAGACCCUAAGUCUCCCCAUUAUAGCCAGGUCAUCCACAGGUUGCCCAUGCCCUAUCUGAAGGAUGAGCUGCACCACUCAGGAUGGAACACCUGCAGCAGCUGCUUUGGGGACAGCACGAAGUCACGCAACAAGCUGAUGCUGCCUUGUCUCAUCUCCUCCCGCAUCUACGUGGUGGAUGUGGGCUCUGAGCCUCGUGCCCCGAAGUUGCACAAGGUCAUUGAAGCCAGCGAGAUCAAAGCCAAGUGCAACCUGAGCAAUAUGCACACCAGCCACUGCCUGGCCAGCGGGGAGGUCAUGGUCAGCUCCCUGGGGGAUCCCCAGGGUCAUGGCAAAGGGGGGUUUGUGCUGCUGGAUGGGGAGACCUUCGAGGUGAAAGGGACAUGGGAGAAGCCUGGGGGUGCAGCUCCAAUGGGCUACGACUUCUGGUACCAGCCUCGACACAAUGUCAUGGUCAGCACUGAAUGGGCAGCUCCCAAUGUCUUCAAAGAUGGCUUCAACCCGGCUCAUGUGGAGGCUGGGCUGUACGGGAGCAGCGUACAUGUGUGGGACUGGCAGCGCCAUGAGAUUAUCCAGACCCUGCAAAUGAAAGAUGGGCUGAUACCCCUGGAGAUCCGCUUCCUGCAUGACCCAAAUGCCACCCAGGGUUUUGUAGGCUGCGCCCUCAGCUCCAACAUCCAGCGCUUCUACAAGAAUGAGGUAACUUUGACCCCAGCCUUCCACCCCACCACCAACUCUCACAAGGACCUCCUCCCAGACUUCACUGUCCAUGGUUCUGGGCCCACAGCCAAGGCUUCCGCAGGAGGCAACGCCGCCUGCUCUCUGUGCCAGGCUAAUUUCUACCUUGCCUUGUCUGUCUUCUGUCGCUGUAACUCAGCAACUGAGUGUCAUAAGCAGGGUAAGGAAGGGAGGUUUAUGUAUCUAGAAUCCCUGUCCAAGGGCUGGCAGUCCAGAAUCUUCCUUGGGGGCAGCAUUGUUAAAGGAGGAUCUGUACAAGUGCUGGAGGACCAAGAGUUAACCUGUCAGCCGGAGCCCCUAGUGGUCAAGGGAAAACGAGUUCCUGGAGGCCCUCAGAUGAUCCAGCUCAGCUUAGAUGGCAAGCGUCUUUAUGCCACUACAUCACUGUACAGCGCCUGGGACAAGCAGUUUUACCCUGACCUCGUUAGGGAAGGCUCCGUGAUGCUUCAAAUUGAUGUAGACACAGUAAAUGGAGGGCUGAAGUUGAACCCCAACUUUCUGGUGGACUUUGGGAAGGAGCCCCUGGGGCCAGCACUGGCUCACGAGCUUCGUUAUCCAGGGGGUGACUGCAGUUCUGACAUCUGGAUCUGAAGACUGGCCCUAGGGACCCUCCUCCACAUUCCGAGCCUGCCUGGCUUCACUCUGCUCUCAGCCCCAACUCUCCAAGGCCACUCUGAGACCAAUGAGAUCUGUUGAGCAGCAUCUCUGUACUGUUGCUUGUUUGUGCUUUUCUUUAGUGAGCUCCUGGAAGCACCAAGAAAUAAAAUGCUGAAACUUC